CCUUUGGUUGUGCCAGGAUGUUUGGGACAGUGCCUCUUAGCUGCGUCCCUGAGAAGUCAGCCCCCCUCUCUCUCCCCCUCCUUCCUGGGCUUUUCCUGGUCUCUGCCCACUUCCUUGGAUACCCAAGAGCUUUGUAUUCCAGAUUCCGCCUCUCAUGACCCAAGUCUUUCCCCUCUAACGCAUCUUCCUAACCCCGAGCCUCUUGGUUCCCUCAUUCACCCAGCGUGCAGAAACUUUCACCGGCUUCCCUUACAGAUGAAAGUGGGGGGCUUCUUCGGAGGGGAUGUAGGGCUUAAGGUGGACCCGGGGGCCUCUGGCACAUCCCGAGAUUCUGAACUUUGCUCGUAACAGUAGAGUUUGUGAACAGCCUUUCGGUUAGAGGCCUGGCCUCAUGGCAGCAGUGCGGAGGUGGGGCACUGAGAUGAAAACCCAAAACCUGCGGGUGCCCACACGUGCACCUCAUUAGUUCCUGCCCUGCGCCUGCCGGUGGGGAGGCCCCCCUGCUCUGUGCUCUCUCUGCGAACACCAGCAGUGCUCAGCCAGGCAAAGUCCCUGUCACUUCUGUCAUCACUGUGAUUUUUGGAAGCAUGAUUUUGGUGUCCUGAUUUGGUGUGUGUGUCCCCUGUCUUCUCCUUGGUGAGCUGCCCCCAGCGGCUGUGACCUGCCAGGCCAGGAAGUGGUAGCUCCCUGCCUGCCGUGGCUGUACAUGCCAGAUGCUGGUGAGACAGGAGUGAGAUGAGAGCUAAUCCUCUGGGCCGAGGAGCGGGAAGGGAGGGGAGGUUCUUUGUGUCUCGGGCUCUGGGGUCUGUAAGCUUCUUUUCUCCUCUAACCCUUUCUUGGAGAGCCGUUGCUUUCAUUUCAUUUCAAAGCCCCUAGGCCUGCCCGGUCCCUGAAGCGGAACAUGCCAGCUCCAUUAAAUCAAUGUACCCAAUUCUGCGAAGUCUAAACAGUUUAAAUUUCAUUAUUCUGGGCAGUGUUUUUCUGGUGACUAGAGUUUGCCAAAGCAGGGGGAAUCGGUGAGGGUCGAGGAGAGGUUUUGCCCACCGCACACCCGGACCCUGCUUUGCUUCUGUCUUCUCGAGCGGGUGGGAGAAGGUUGGGCUCUGCCGCGUUUAAGUUGUUCUCGGGCAACAAUGGGAUUGCUCUAAUUCUACUGCCAGGGUCACUGGGGCUAAAAAUCCGUCUGAUGCAGGAGAGGCUCCGCUCUUUGACCUUAUGGAGCUGUCUGUGCAUAUUCCACAGUGUAUUUGGGUCACGUGGAUCAGUCAUUGUUGAUGGAAGGGCCUUAGGUGUCAUUAGUGUUUUAAUAAUUUCCAAUCACUUUCCAAUCAGUGGAUUGAGGGCUGAACCCCGACGGCAAACUGCACUGCCCACCUGCGCCCCGCCUGCUGCAGCACCAGCCUUUUUAGGGCGCGGGCUUCACGCACAGUUUUAGGCGAGGCUACUGCUUCUCCUGGGAUCGAUGCUAACUGGCGGUGUGUUGAGGAGCCUUGUGAUGUCCUCACAGCACAGUGCUCGUGAACCCCGGUCAUCACCAUGUUACUCAUGUAUCCCUUCAGUCACCACAUUUUUCUUGAACAAAAAAUGUGCCAGGCUCCGUUUUAAACACUGGAGAAACGACAGUGGACAAGACAGGCAUGAAUCCUAAUCUUCUCGGAGUUUCUAUACUAGUGGGAGAGAUGCAGGGAGAGAUAAUAAAAAAAGCAGAAUAGCAAGUUAACCAGGUGUUAGAAGGUGAUCGGUGCAGGUCUGUAAAAUAAGAAACGUGGGCCUCACCCCAGCGUUCCUCCCUGCCAGCUCUUCUCUAGGUUUCCUUACGUGUUUUCGGCAUCGCUUCGCAGGGAGAUCCAGCAGGCCCUCUUACCCACAGGUAUUCUUCCUAAAAACACAGAAGCGUUUCCAGCAAGUGUCAUUGUUCCUUUUGGUGACACUGGGUGUGUGGCUCUCCAGGUGUCCAGCGGGGAGUGGUGAGACUCCGUCAUCUCUGCAGGAUGAGGCUGGAACCCACCCCUGCUACUGUGGGUUUCGCUGAGCCCGGUGCUCCUACGUGUGGACUGUGGGAAGGCUUUCAGCUAGAUGACUGCACGCUGCAGCUCUCCCACAACGGCACCUACCUGGACUUGGAGGCCACCCUGGCCGAGCAACGGGACGAGUUAGAAGGCUUCCAGGAUGACACUGGGCGGGGCAAGAAGCACAGCAUCAUCCUAAGGACACAGCUGUCCGUGAGGGUCCACGCCUGCAUCGAAAAACUAUACAACUCCGGUGGACGAGAUUUAAGAAGGGCCCUUUUCUCCCUGAAGCAGAUAUUUCAGGAUGACAAGGAUUUGGUGCAUGAAUUUGUAGUGGCUGAAGGUCUGACGUGUUUGAUCAAGGUGGGAGCUGAGGCAGAUCAGAACUAUCAGAACUACAUUCUGAGGGCUUUGGGCCAGAUUAUGUUGUAUGUGGAUGGGAUGAAUGGAGUAAUAAACCACAAUGAAACCAUUCAGUGGCUGUACACGCUCAUUGGGUCAAAGUUCCGCCUGGUGGUGAAGACGGCCCUGAAGCUGCUGCUGGUGUUUGUGGAGUACUCGGAGUCCAAUGCACCUCUUCUGAUUCAGGCCGUCUCUGCUGUCGACACAAAAAGGGGAGUCAAACCUUGGUCAAAUAUCAUGGAAAUCCUGGAGGAAAAGGAUGGGGUCGACACGGAGUUGCUGGUUUAUGCAAUGACUUUAGUGAACAAGACCUUGUCAGGAUUGCCAGACCAAGACACCUUCUACGAUGUGGUGGACUGCCUGGAGGAGCUGGGCAUUGCAGCUGUGUCCCAGCGGCACUUGACCAAGAAAGGGACUGACCUGGACUUAGUGGAGCAGUUGAACAUCUAUGAGGUGGCACUCAGGCUCGAGGAUGGCGACGAGACGGCUGAACCACCCCCCAGCGGGUGCCGGGACCGGAGGAGGGCCAGUGUGUGUUCCGGCACGGGCAGCGAGCACCAGGGCCUGGACCGCAGGCGGAGCCGCAGGCACUCGGUGCAGAACAUUAAGAGUCCUCUGUCGCCUCCGUCCAGCCCCUGCUCCCCGUCGGUUCCCGACUUCAAGGCCAGUCAAGUGCGAGAUCUCCGUGAAAAAUACAGCAACUUUGGCAACAACUCUCAACACUCCUCGAGGCCUUCGUCUGGAUCCAAUGUGCCCAUCACCCUCACGUCACCUCUUUCACCUCAACAGGAGCCCGGGCUGGAAAGGUCAUCACUGAGUGGUCUUCUCACGUCAUCCUUUAGGCAGCACCAAGAGUCCUUGGCGGCAGAGAGAGAGAGGCGGCGACAGGAGAGAGAAGAAAGGUUGCAGAGAAUAGAACGGGAGGAAAGAAACAAAUUCAGCCGAGAAUAUUUAGACAAAAGAGAAGAGCAAAGACAAGCAAGAGAAGAAAGAUACAAAUACUUGGAGCAGUUGGCAGCUGAGGCGCAUGAGAAGGAACUGAGAAGCCGAAGUGUGAGCCGGGGCAGAGCUGACCUCUCCUUGGACCUGACCUCACCGGCAGCCCCUGCCUCACCCACCCGCCUGAGCCGUUGCCCUUCAUCUCUAGACUCGCAAGAGGCUCUCACGGUAUCAUCUUCCUCCCCAGGAACAGCUCAGCAUCCCCAAGCGAGCACCGGGGAUCCUGAGCCCGAACCAGAGGCAGAAGCAGAGGCAGAGGCAGAGGCGGGACGGGUGGCCGAUGAGGCCAGCCGGGAACUAGCCCCUGCCCACGUGGGAGCAGAGAGCGAGGUGGAGCGGGCCCUGGAGCCAGAGGCUGAAGAGCGAGCCUCCCUGAGCGAGAAGGAGCAACAGAAUGAGGCAGUGAACGAGCGGGACAACUGCUCGGCCUCCAGCGUCUCGUCCUCCAGCAGCACGUUGGAGAGGGAGGACAAGGAGGACAAGCUCUCUCGGGACAGGGGGACCGGUUUGUGGUCUGCGGGUGUUCAGGAUGCCGGUGUAAAUGAGCAGUGUGGCGACAUCCUUACCAGCAAACGGUUCAUGCUGGACAUGCUGUAUGCCCAUAACAGAAAGCCCACGGAUGAUGAGAAGGGGGAGGGCGAGACCACGAGGACCGCGCAGGGGGCGGAGGCCGUAGCCAGCCUGGCCAGCCGGAUAUCCACCUUGCAGGCCAACUCUCUGGCCCAGGAUGAGAGCGUCAGGAGGGUGGACGUUGGCUGUCUGGACAAUCGGGGCAGCGUGAAAGCCUUUGCUGAGAAAUUCAACAGCGGGGACCUAGGGAGAGGGUCCGUCUCCCCUGAUGCCGAGCCCAAUGACAAGGUCACGGAGAAGGUGUCGGCACAGCCCAAGACGGAAUCUGACUACAUCUGGGACCAGCUCAUGGCCAAUCCACGGGAGCUCAGAAUCCAAGACAUGGAUUUCACUGACCUGGGGGAGGAGGACGACAUUGACGUCCUGGACGUGGACCUGGGUCACAGGGAGGCCCCGGGGCUGCCUCCCCCACCCCCGCCCACCUUUCUCGGUUUGCCGCCCCCUCCCCCUCCACCCCUGCUGGACGGCGUGCCUCCCCCUCCAGUCCCCGGUAAUUUAUUGGCUCCUCCUCCAGUAUUCAGUGCUCCUCCUCAGGGCUUAGGGUGGCCCCAGGUACCCAGGGGUCAGCCAGCAUUCACCAAGAAAAAGAAGACCAUCCGUCUGUUCUGGAAUGAAGUGCGGCCUUUUGAGUGGCCGUGUAAGAAGAACGGCCGCUGCAGAGAAUUCCUGUGGUCGAAACUGGAACCUAUUAAGGUGGACACUUCCAAGCUGGAGCACCUGUUUGAGUCUAAAUCGAAGGAACUGGCUGUCUCCAAGAAAACUGCUGCAGAUGGAAAAAAGCAGGAGAUCAUCGUCCUGGAUUCCAAGAGGAGCAAUGCUAUUAAUAUCGGUUUGACGGUACUGCCCCCUCCAAGAACGAUUAAGAUAGCCAUUUUGAAUUUUGAUGAAUAUGCCUUAAACAAAGAAGGGAUUGAGAAAAUUCUAACCAUGAUUCCCACUGAAGAAGAGAAGCAGAAAAUCCAGGAAGCGCAGCUGGCCAACCCUGAGGUGCCCCUGGGCAGUGCAGAGCAGUUCCUCCUUACACUGUGCUCCAUCAGCGAGCUCUCAGCUCGGCUCCACCUCUGGGCGUUCAAAAUGGAUUAUGAAACUACAGAAAAGGAAGUGGCAGAACCACUUUUGGACCUGAAGGAAGGAAUAGACCAGUUGGAGAACAAUAAAACCUUGGGCUUUAUCCUGUCUACUCUCUUAGCCAUUGGGAACUUUCUAAAUGGAACUAAUGCCAAAGCGUUUGAGUUAAGCUACCUCGAGAAGGUUCCAGAAGUCAAAGACACCGUGCACAAGCAGUCACUUCUCCACCACGUGUGCACCAUGGUGGUGGAAAACUUCCCGGACAGCUCUGAUCUGUACUCAGAGAUUGGGGCCGUCACCAGGUCAGCCAAGGUUGACUUUGAUCAACUUCAGGAUAAUUUAUGUCAGAUGGAGAGACGAUGCAAAGCUUCAUGGGAUCACCUCAAGGCAAUUGCAAAACAUGAAAUGAAACCAGUUUUAAAACAACGAAUGUCAGAGUUCCUAAAAGACUGUGCAGAGAGAAUUAUAAUUUUAAAGAUUGUCCAUAGAAGAAUAAUUAACAGGUUCCACUCCUUUCUGCUCUUUAUGGGUCACCCACCUUAUGCGAUUCGGGAAGUGAACAUAAACAAGUUCUGUAGGAUCAUCAGUGAGUUUGCACUGGAGUAUCGCACCACCAGGGAAAGAGUUUUGCAGCAGAAACAGAAACGGGCCAACCACAGAGAGAGAAAUAAGACCCGAGGGAAGAUGAUCACUGAUUCUGGCAAGUUCUCCAGCGGUUCCCCGGCGCCCCCGAGCCAGCCCCAAGGCCUGAGCUAUGCCGAGGAUGCUGCCGAGCAUGAGAACAUGAAGGCUGUGCUGAAAACCUCGUCCCCUGCCUUGGAGGAUGCCACCCCCGUGCUGGGCGUCCGCACACGCAGCCGAGCAAGCCGAGGAUCCACUAGUUCGUGGACCAUGGGAAUGGAUGACUCGCCUAAUGUCACGGAUGAUGCAGCUGAUGAGAUCAUGGACCGCAUCGUCAAGUCAGCCACCCAAGUGCCCAGUCAGCGAGUGGUGCCGCGGGAGAGGAAGCGCUCCCGGGCCAACCGGAAGUCUCUGCGGAGGACCCUGAAGAGCGGCCUGACUCCGGAAGAAGCCAGAGCCCUGGGCCUGGUGGGCACCUCAGAGCUGCAGCUGUGACCCCCUGGUGCCCUAAGGUGUGUGCCCGUGCAGAGUGCAAGCUCCUGCUGGAAGGAACCCCUCCGGUGGGAGGUGAGGAGACUCUGACACCCAAAGGUUCUGAAAGGGGUGCCCAUGCCUAGGUGUCACCGAGUGACUUGCGUAGCCCGCUGUGCACUGACAUGGAUCUUGGAGUCCCCUUCACAGACUUUCUUCAUCAUGUCAGCUGUGUUUCUCUUGUUUCCUUGACACCUGGCUUAGUAGUUCCAAAGCGUGACACCUUUUCUGUGCAAGGAACAGCCCUUUUAAGGAGCAAAUCACUUCUGUCACAGUUACUAUGGUCAUGAGGCAGUUUGAUUAGGUUCACAGACUGGGUCUCUCCAUAACACCAGAAUAUCCAGAUGUAAACUCCGAAAUUGUACACAAAAGAAAACACAGGUUGUCUACCAGUUGUGGAUUUUAGAUGUACUAAAUGUUUAUACAAAUUCAGAAAUGUACACCAUGUUUCAAAUACUAAAUAAAUAGAGUUUAAUGCCAUAA